AAAAGUUUUCCUUUUUUUUUUUCUUGGGGGUUAAUGUGAUUAUGUUGGUUAAUAAUUGCAAAAAGAAAGGGAAUUACUGUGAAAGCCUAAUAUGUUUUCUUUUCUUUUUUCCCCUAAAAGAAGCUGAGCGUAAUACCGUUGCGUUUUUUCGCUUCGCUGUGCUCAUCGACCGCCUACUACACCAAAGCACUUGGACUUACACCUCUCACAAAUAUCUCUUUUUUUUUUUUUUUUUUUUUUUUUUUUUUUGGUGUGCUUUCUUCCUCAAACCGCUCUGAUUAUUUUCUCAGCAAGUAGGAACUAAGAUGUUUUUUUCUCGGGGAUUUUCUCGGAUUCCUAGAAGCAGCUUUAAUGGGUUUUGCCGAUUCUUCUUCUCUCACCGACCUGAGUACGCCUACACUAACAAUCCCAAGUUUCUUCCCCACUCGACCCGGACGGUUUUAGGUUGUAGAGAAGAUUUCUCUGCGGGAUUGCUUGCCUUGCAUGGUUACAAACAUCAAAUCCAUCAACAGAGUAUUGACCAAAAAGGGAAAAAAAUUCAUCACCAAAGCAGUGCCAUAGUUGAGGAUGACCAACUUGAUCCCUUCUCGCUUGUUGCUGAGGAGUUAUCGCUUGUCGCUAACAGGUUGCGGUCAAUGAUAGUUGUUGAGGUUCCUAAGCUUGCCUCAGCUGCUGAAUACUUUUUCAAGAUGGGGGUGGAGGGAAAGAGGUUUCGUCCCACGGUUUUAUUGUUGAUGUCUACAGCUUUGAAUGUUGCUAUACAUGAGCCUCCUAAAGGGCUAGGAGAUACUGUGACACCAGAGCUGCGAACAAGGCAGCAACUUAUAGCACAAGUCACAGAGAUGAUCCAUGUUGCAAGCCUUCUACAUGAUGAUGUUUUGGAUGAUGCAGAUACUAGACGUGGUAUUGGUUCAUUAAAUGUUGUGAUGGGAAAUAAGGUAUCAGUUUUAGCAGGAGAUUUUCUGCUUUCUCGAGCUUGUGUUGUACUUGCAUCUUUGAAGAACACAGAGGUUGUGACAUUACUGGCAAAUGUUUUAGAGGAUCUUGUGAAAGGUGAAACCCUGCAAAUGACAAUGUCAUCUGAUCAACGUUGUAGCAUGGAGUAUUAUAUGGAAAAGACAUACCGCAAAACUGCAUCACUGAUUUCAAACAGUUGCAAGGCAAUUGCCAUCCUUGCUGGGCAAACAGCAAAAGUUGCAACAUUGGCAUCUGAGUAUGGCAAAAAUCUGGGCUUGGCAUAUCAAUUGAUAGAUGAUCUUCUUGAUUUCACAGGCACAUCAGCUUCCCUUGGAAAGGGCUCCUUAUCUGAUAUCCGCCAUGGUAUUGUAACUGCUCCAAUAUUGUUUGCAAUAGAAGAGUUUCCUCAGUUACGUACGGUGGUUGAGCAGGGUUUUGACAACCCCACAAAUGUUGAUCUUGCUCUUGAGUACCUUGGAAAGAGUCGUGGAAUUCAAAAGACAAGGGAGCUAGCAAUGAUGCAUGCAAACCUUGCUGCGGAAGCAAUUGAUUCUAUGCCUGAAAGCGAUGAUAUAGAUGUGAAAAGAUCAAGAAGGGCACUUGUAGAUCUGACCCAAAGGGUCAUUACAAGAACCAAAUGACAAAAAAAUACACCAAAAAACGGACCGAUGAAUUUUUUGAUUCUAAAUGUUUGUUCCUUAUUCCAUCAAUAUUCUUUCAAUUAUUCCAAUUUUUGUUCCUCAUAAUUUUGAUUUAACGUAAAUUAAACAGUGUGCAAUAGAUUACGCCUGGUAAUAGGUAAAUGUUCUGCUCAAAUGAUGUAUUUUGGGUCAUAAUCCUUUUUGUUUUACAGUGAGACUGCUUUCAUCUUCA